AUGUCGGACGCAGGACAACCCUCUCCCAAUGGCGCCGGUGAUGGCGGGGCCCCUGCCGGUGCGAACGAGCACCUCAACAUCAAAGUCACUGAUGGAAACAACGAAGUCUUUUUCAAGAUCAAGCGGACUACAAAACUAGAGAAAUUAAUGAAGGCUUUCUGUGAGAGGCAAGGCAAAGACAUCAGGUCGGCGCGAUUUCUGUUCGAAGGUCAAAAAGUCCAGGCUCAAGACACGCCAGAAGUGCUCGAAAUGCAGGACGGCGAUUCAAUUGAAGUCCACCAGGAGCAGAUUGGUGGCUGUGCCUAG